AGAAGCAAUUGAAGAAGAAGACGAGGAGUUGAUGAAGGAGCAGGAAGAAGAGGUGGAGGAAGAAGCAGCCGAAGGAGAGGAGGAGGAGACAGUAGAAGAGAAAGAGGCUUGGGAAAAAAGCAAGGAAGAUGCUGGAGAGGAACAGGAAGAAGAAGGAGAAGAAGAGGCCAAGCCCAAACCAAACAGACUCUUUAUGCCCAACCUCGUGCCUCUCAAAAUCCCUGAUGGAGAGAAAGUUGACUUUGAUGAUAUCCACCGGAAGCGGAUGGAGAAGGACCUGAACGAGCUGCAGACCCUGAUCGUGGCGCACUUCGAGAACCGCAAGAAGGAGGAGGAGGAGCUCAUGAGCCUGAAGGAUAGAAUGGAGCAACGUCGGUCAGAGAGAGCUGAGCAGUUGAGAAUCCGGACCGAGAGAGAGAAGGAACGCCAGAACAGGUUUGCUGAGGAGAAAGCGAGGAAGGAGGAAGAGGAGGAUUUGAAGAGAGCCACUGAAGACGCCAAAAAGAAGAAGGUUCUGUCCAGCGUGCACUUCGGAGGCUACCUGCAGAAGACAGAGAGGAGGACAGGAAAGAAACAGACUGAGAGAGAAAAGAAGAAGAAGAUCCUGAGCGACCGGCGCAAGUCGCUGGACAUCGAUCAUCUGAAUGAGGAGAAACUGAAAGAGAAGGUUGACGAGCUCAGCCAGUGUAUUUUUGAUCUGGAGGCUGAGAAGUUUGACCUGCUUGACAAAUUCAAGAAACAGAGAUACGAGAUUAAUGUUCUGAGAAAUCGAGUUAGUGACCACCAGAAGAUCACAAAAGGUGUCCGUGGAGGGAAAGGCAAGGUUGCGGGUCGCUGGAAGUAGAUGCAAGGCCACUGGAGCUGGGAAAACCACAAGCCUGCCUUUAAAAUGAGACCACUCCAGUAUCCUUCACUGUGUGAGCUCUGGCACUGGGAAUGUCAUGUGUGAGAUUACUACUUUGUGUUAUCCACCACUUGUAAAUGCUUGUAAAUAAAAACUAUUAAAUAAACAUGAUUCUCUAAUAA